GUUUUACCACGGCCCGAGACGGUUUAAGCCAAGCCAAGACAACAACGCGAUUAAAAAACAAAAGACGAGUGCGAGUCCGAGUCCGAGUCCGAGACGAAAGAAAGAAACAAAUAAAUAAAGAAAGGUGCGCGCGCAUGCGCUGUACGUUUAAACCGAGCUGAAAGUAAUAUUAAUAGCAAUAAGAAAACCAAAAAUACAAAAAAAAAAAAAAAAAAAGCGAGUGGAGUGUUCUGCAAGACAGAGCGUGAAGUGCAGCCGACUGCUGCAUUGUUUUUGUUGUAUUUUGUUUGUUGUUUUUGUUCAAGUUUUGCUUCGCAUUGUUGUUAAUAAAUAUGCGGAAAAUCUAAUCCGUUCAGAAAACGUAACAAUAAACGACGUCAACAGCGGCUAUUGAUUACAAGUCGUGCUUAGUUUGUGUGACACUUUUUGCACUGCAACAGAAAAAUAGAACGAGCGAACGAAGAGGCAGCAAAAACAACAAAAAAAAAAAGGUUGCUUUGCUGCUGUUGUUCCUUGUGCUAGGGCACUUCUGGCUUCUUGCUUCUGGCUUCUGGCUUCUGGCUCAUUCACCUGGCAGCCUAGCAGCCUGGCAGCAAAACGCGGUCAUGCCGCUUAACCUGCCCUGCUUAUAGAUCCCGGCGACCCCACAGUGCAUUUAUCAGCAGUACCAUUGAGACUUGGGGAGGGGGGGGUAUACAGCUUCAACCAUCCCAUCCAGGAUGUCGGACAUUUACUAUUGCAGUAAUAGCCAGAUGAAAAAGUCCCGCGAUGUGGACAAAACGUCAUCACCGGGGUCACAGGUACACACACAUACCAAUGCGAAUGCUGCUUGCAAUAUAGCGGCAGCGACGGCUACGGCGGCUGCAGUAGCAGCAGCAGCAGCAGAUAAAAAGAACAACAACAACAAUUGCAGCAAUCGCAACAAAGACAAAUCCAAUUUGCAGACAAAUGGAGGAGGAGGAGGAGGAAAAAAUUGGAAGGGCAUCGUCCACAGCAAUCCAAAUCCCAAUGGCAAUGGCAGUGGCAAUGGCAAUGGAGGAAAUGGAACUGGCACCACAGCCCUGCCCACGAAGGUCUUUCACAAUACACGCUGUACGCGGCACCACAAGCCACAUCACAGCCACACCAAUGGCGGAGUAGGAGUAGGAGGAGGAGCAGCAGCGGUCGCUGGCGCCGCCACGAAUGGCCUGGACCUGGCACGGGAAAGGGAGCGCGAGAGGGAGAGGGAGCGCGAAAGGGAACGUGAACGUGAACGUGAACGCGAGCGGGAGCAUCAUCUGCACAUGCACAACCACGCCCAUGGCCUGAGGCGCAAGUCCGAAUCAGUUCUAUCCACAGACUCUGAUAUCAGAUUCACGCGACGCAAGCUGGGCGAUGGCCAGAAAUGUGGCUGCGCCGUGAUUGCCGGGUUCCUGAUAGCGCUGCUCGUCGCUGGCGCGUUCGUCUAUGUGGGAUACACUUACUUCCGACCGGAACCAUUGCCGGAUCGCGUAUUUCGUGGCCGCUUCAUGGUGCUCAACGACAAGUGGAGCAUGGAUUUGGCCAAUCAGAACUCGCUGCGUUUCCAGCACAAGGCCAGGGACUACAGGGAGCGCAUCAAUCUCACGCUCAGGCGUUCCGAUUUGCGUGAGGCAUACGAAGGCAGCGAGAUCCUAGCGCUCGAUGGCAGCGAGGAUAACAACAACAUAAUUGUCCACUUUAAUAUGAUCUUUGAUCCGUAUGCGGGUCUGGUGAGCAGCGGCGAGCUGCUGGCGCUCUUCCAUGAGGAAAUGAGCGACCAGCAGCGUCGGCACUUUGCCAACAUGACCGUGGAUGUGUCCAGUUUGAGCAUCAAGGAGACAACCGGCCUCAUCGAGGAGCCCAUCAUGUCCAGCUCGCCGCUGGGCGGGCACGAUGAGACAACGGAGCCCGUGGUGACCACCACACCAGCGCCACCGCGUCGCUGUGUGCCGCUGCAGCUGAACUACUGCCGCCAGUUGGGCUACAAUGUGACAACAUAUCCGAAUUUGCUGGGCCACGCCAGCUACGAGCAGGUGGCCGACGACUUGAUUGUCUUCCGUGAGCUGGUCGACGGGGAAUGCUAUCGCGAGGCGUACGACUUUGUGUGCCGCCUGCUGCAGCCGCCGUGUGAUAUGCACGGGACGAGUGUACAGCCCACGCCGGGGCACAUAUGCCGCGAGUACUGUGAGUCGUUUAUGGCCGGCUGUGGCAGUCGUUUGCCGCAACGCUUUCGCCAGUACUUCGACUGCGAACGCUUUCCGGAGUCCACGGGCACACAGUCGUGCCAGCAGAAGCCUCACUGUGUCAGCGAUAUGCAGAGCAAUGUGCAGAGUCCGCGUCUCUGCGAUGGCUAUGCGGAUUGUCCGGAUCUGUCCGAUGAGCGCAGCUGCGCCUUCUGCUCCCCCAAUGCACUGUACUGCGGCAGGGGCCGGGCAUGUGUGCCGCGCAAGGCGCGCUGCGAUGGCAAAGCGGAUUGUCCCGAUGGUGCAGACGAGAAGGAUUGCCUUUCCAUUGCACCAUUGGCCGCGGAUUUGCUGCAGCCGGAGCCACUGGUGCCGUAUCUGUCCCGCUUCCAUGCCGCUGGCUAUGCCGUCUUCUCGGAGAAGGGCGUCGUGGGCAAGCUGUGCGCCGAGGGACUCGAGGGCGAUGCCAAGCUGGUGGUGCGCCAAACAGUCUCCGAAUCGCUAUGCAAAUCGUUGGGCUAUGAAUCUGUGGAAAUCUUUGACGUGCAGAACGACACCGAACAGCUGACGGAUUAUGUGCGUGUCCUGGAUCCGCAUGCGCCCGAAAUAAGCUUCAUUCGCACGCACUGUCCGCGGCGUCAAGUGCUUUAUGUGGGCUGCGGGGAGCUGCGUUGCGGCGUCCAGUCGGCGCUCUUCAAUGCCAAGCAGCAUUUGUCGCUGCCCAAGAUGUCGGCACCGGGGGACUGGCCCUGGCUGGUGGCCCUCUUUCGUGAGGAUAUUCACGUGUGCGAUGGCACACUCAUCUCACAGGACUGGGUGCUCACCACGGAGGGCUGCUUUCAGGGCCAGCCACGGGCCACCUGGAUGGCCAUUGUGGGCGCGGUGCGGCUCUCGGCCAAGGCACCGUGGACGCAGCGUCGCCGCAUUAUCGGCAUGAUCAAGAGUCCCGUGGAGGGCUCCACAGCGGCGCUGGUGCGGCUGGAGACGCCCGUCAGCCUCUCGGAUCACGUGCGUCCCAUUUGCCUGCCCGACGCACUGCAGCGUCGACAGCUGCUGACGGCGCCCGCGGUGCAGCGGCGCGCCUAUGUGCCAGUGGCCGAGCGGCUGGAGGGGCAACAGCCGAUGCAAGUUCAAGUUCAGCGCAGUCCGCUGGCCCAGGAAACGCAGCAGUUCUUCCUGAUACCCUCGCAGGAGCAAAUGGAGGGCUCUGGCAGCACAGAGGAAGCGCCAGAGGAGGAGGAGGAGCAGCAGCUCAACAGGCGACAUUAUGCACAGCAGGCAAAAGCUGCCGCCUCGUACAUGCCCCGAGCAGAGGCACUGCACCAGGAACUGGAUUCCUAUCCGCUGCCCGAGCAUGCGCCGCAAGUCAACUAUUACGGCAGCAGCAGCAGCAGCAGUUCCUCCUCCUCCUCCACAGCACGCUCGGCCACUAAGCCAGUCGGAGCCCAGCCUGUGCAGUCAGCGGCGCAGGAGCAAAUCUGGACAAACUGCAACACGCUGGGCUGGUCCCGGCAGCGGGAUCAUCUGCAGCGUGUCCAGCUCAAAAUCGGCGACAUGGCGCCCUGCGAGAAUGUGUCUAUAGCCACGGUCAACUCCAUGUGCAUGGAGGCCACCUACCAGAAGUACGACUGCACGCAAGAGGAAUACUCUGGCGCGCCAGUGCAAUGCCUGAUACCAGGCACCAAUCAGUGGGCCCUCAUUGGCGUCUCCUCCUGGCGCAUCGCGUGCGGCCCCACUGGUGUGGAGCGCCCCCGCAUGUACGACAAGAUCGCCUCGAAUGCAGCCUGGAUACGUGAAACGGUAAAUGCGGUAUAGCAUUUGCACCU